AUGGGAUUACAAGAAGAAACAAUUGAUUAUUAUGAGCUUCUUGGACUAUCAGAAGAUGCACAAGAUGCAGACAUUCAUCGUGCAUGGAGGAAAACAUCUCUAAAGUACCAUCCAGACAAAAAUCCAGAUGAUCCGCAUGCUGCUGACAAGUUUCAUUUGCUACAAGUAGCCUAUAAUGCUUUAACAGAUACAACAAUGCGUCAGGCAUAUGAUGCUGAGCGAUUAGCCAAGCUUGCUCGUCAAAGACGCGAAGAAGCAUUUGAUCUGAAUAGGAAAACCAUGGCUGAGAAAUUACGGGAGAGAGAAGAUGGAUUUCAUUUUUUUGAAAAACAAAAAGAUCAAGAGAACAAUCGUUUACGGGAAAAGUUACGUUCUUUACAAGAGCAAAGCGCUAGGUUACGACGAGACCGUGAAGAGAGACUGUUUCAAGACAAGGAUUCAAACAAGAGAAAAAGAGAAACAAGCCCGGUAAAAACUCGGUCCAUUUCUGACCUUGAUCGAUCUGUAAAGGUUCGUUGGAAGAAAAAGUAUGUCGACCAAGUGGAUGAAUCCUUCCUACGUUCUUUUUACUCAAAAUUUGGACAAAUUAACGAUGUUAUAAUUCAAAAAACUGUUAACGAUGAUAAAAAAUAUGUUUACGCAAUUCUUGUUUUUGAUACUCUGGAUGCUGCUUACUCUGCUGUAACAGUAGAAUCUCCUUCUGUCAUUAAGGAUACCCAAUGGCUAAAACCUUUAUCGGAAAGGGCUGAGUUUGAAGAAAAGAAACCUAAAAGUACUAUGGAUUACGAAGAACUAACGAUGUUGCGAAUGAAACAGAAACAACGCGAAAGGGAACAAGAAAGAAAAGCCACAAUGGCUGAGACUUAA